CCUAGGCUGGAAUUCUCGCCUGUACAAAAUGACACAACGUUUGUACUAUUUUUAAACGACUUUGUAAUCCAGGCACAUCCGCGGACACCUUCUCACCCGGAGUUUCAGCGUGACCUCUAUACCGCAGUUGGAAAAUACUUGAUAGCGGAGCCGCGAUCAAUUGAAUUGUGACGACGUAACCCCUCCAUGGCGGAAAGGUGACAAUUUGACGGGAAGUUCCAUUUAUUUGUGUGUACACAAGCAGCAAGAAGGGCUUAUGUGCUCCUCGCCGUGUCGUCUCCGGCUCGGAGUGCUCUGUGUUGUCGGCGUUGAGCCAGUUUCGGGUGCACUGCAUCAACAUGGGUGUGAUCGGAGUGCAGCUGGUGGUUACCAUGGUAAUGGCCAGUGUAAUUCAAAAAAUCAUACCUCAUUAUUCUUUCGCAAGAUGGUUACUCUGCAGUGGCAGUCUUCGGUGGUACCAGCACCCUACGGAAGAUGAGUUGAGAAACCUCGCUGGGAAACAGAAAGGACUAAAGAGGAAAGACAGGAAGUACAACGGUCACAUAGACAACAAGCCGCUAACUGUACCCAAGGACAUCGAUCUACAACUGGAGACAAAAUGCAUUACGGAAGUCGACACAUUAGCAUUGCACUACUUCCCUGAGUUCCAGUGGUUGGUUGAUUUCACAGUAGCAGCGACUGUGGUCUAUCUAAUAACGGAGCUGUACUACAGUGUGGCUCAGCCCUCAGGAGAGAUGAACAUCAGUGUGGUCUGGUGCCUGCUAGUGCUCGCCUUUGUCAUCAAGACGCUCUUCUCUCUGACGGCCCACUACUUUAAGCUUGAAGAAGGAGGCGAGCGCUCCCUCUGCAUUACAUUCGGCUUCUUCUUCUUCGUCAAAGCCAUGGUCAUCCUCAUUGUCACUGAAAACUACCUGGAGUUCGGUCUGGAGACGGGUUUUGCAAACUUUUCUGACAGCGCUUUACAGUUCCUGGAACACCAAGGCUUGGAGUCACAGGGUCCUAUAUCGAAACUUACUUUCAAGCUAAUACUAGCCUUUUUGUGUGCCCUGAUUGGAGCCUUUUUAACCUUCCCUGGACUGCGAUUGGCCCAGAUGCACCUCGAUGCCCUCAAUGUGACCACAGCCAAAUUUACACAGACUUUGCUGCAUAUCAACUUCCUUUCCCCACUUAUCAUGGUCCUGCUGUGGGUGAAGCCCAUUACCAAGGACUACAUAAUGAACCCCACCCUCGGAAAGGACAGCUUGCCUUUGAUGGCUGAGCAGACGUACGACACACUGCGGUUAUGGACCAUCAUACUGAUGUGUGCGCUGCGGCUCGCGAUGAUGAGGCAUCAUUUGCAGGCCUACCUCAACCUGGCUCAGAAGGGCGUGGAGCAGAUGAAGAAGGAGGCGGGACGAAUAAGUACCAUCGACCUGCAGAAGAUGGUUGCACGUGUUUUUUACUACUUGUGCGUAAUCGCACUACAGUAUGUGGCACCGCUGGUGAUGCUGCUGCAUACAACAUUGCUGCUAAAAACAUUAGGUGGACAUUCAUGGGGGUUCUAUCUUGAAGCAGAAGAGCUGCCCUGCACCCAGCAGAUGGACUCUGCACCAACAACAACCCCCUCGCUGGAGGCGGCCUCGCGGGCGUCAGCGAGCCAACUAUCAGUGGCACUAGGGGGCCUGAAGACCGUCUUUAGCCCCUUGCUUUUCCGAGGCCUCUUCUCUUUCUUCACGUGGUGGAUCGCCGCCUGCCUUUUCUCCACCUCCCUCUUCGGCCUCUUCUACCACCAAUAUCUCAUGGCGGCGUAGGGCCGAUGACGGACCACAUCAUCAGAACUCCUGCUUCAACUUCCAGUGCUUCCUUCACAGGUGAACUCUGUGUUUUGACAUCCACUCCUUUUUAUUCACCUUCACACCAGAUUUUCUUACAUUUAAGAACAAUCCUGACUGGUGGUCAAAUACAGGAUCUCAUAUGCUGGACGGUUACUGCUCACAUGUGGCACACAUGUGUUUUUUACAGGUCUACAGUUAUUCCCUUACAUUUGACUGAAUUUGGAGGUUAUUAAGUUGAGAUAAGCUGCCUUACUUGGGCAAAUACUGACAGACUGAAGUCUUUGAAAAGUAUUUGGAAGUGAUGCAAAAGAAUAGGGUGGGGUGGGGGGGGGGCACUGUCAUAAGCAGGAUGAAUGUGUGUACAGUAUGUAUGAAUGUUUGUUAGGGUUGUACGGUAUACCGGUACUAGUAUAGUACCACGAUACUAAUGAAUCAUAUCCGGUACUAUAACGCCUCUAAAAAGUACCGGUCCCCCCCGUGUACCCCCUCCUUUUUUUUUUUACGGGCAUGACGGCGCGUCGUCGUCAGGUCGUGACAUUGCUGGUUUUACGAGCAGAGGAGCGUGUUCGGCAGCGCACACACACGGAGUACUCACAAGCAGACACGGUGUGUUGACAGAAAAGGGAGAACGGACGCAUUUUGGCUUAAAAACUAAAGAUAAAGGUGAAGUUAUAACACUGAAACACCCUCAGGAAGAGCUGCUUUAAGACAUGGCUAGCUAGCUUGCGGCGAACGUCCACCCGCAGUCGGCAGUGUUUUAGCAACUUCGAAAUCACUAAUCCUCGCCUCCAUGGCGACAAAUAAAGUAAGUUCCUUACAAGUAAAAUUAUCACUGGAGGACGAGGAAUAGUUAAACAUGCUUCACUACACACUGUAGGAGGAUAUAAUCGCUCACCGGCGUCACAAUGUAAACAAACGCCAUGGGAGGAUCUACACCUGACAUCAACUGUAACAAUACCAAGUAAAGGAGCGUAUCUAGUCGAUACUACUAUGAUUACAUCAAUAUUUUUUAGCAUCACAAAAUCUUUUUUAUUUAAAAAAAAAUGUAUAUUAUGUUUAUAAAAUUUGGGAAAUAUGUCCCUGGACACAUGAGGACUUAAAUUAUGACCAAUGUACGAUCCUGUAACUACUUGGUAUCGGAUCGAUACCUACAUUUGUGGUAUCAUCCAAAACUAAUGUAAAGUAUCAAACAACAGAAGAAUAAGUGAUUAUUACAUUUUAACAAAAGUGUAGAUAGAACAUGUUAAAAGAAAAAGUAAGCAGAUAUUAACAGUAAAUGAACAAGUAGAUUAAUAAUUCAUUUUCUACCACUUGUCCUUAAUAAUGUUGACAAAAUAAUAGAAUGAGAAAUGACACAAUAUGUUACUGCAUACGUCAGCAGACUAAUUAGGAGCUUUAAUACUAAAAGACAAGUUGUCUCGUAUGUUCACUAUUUUAUUUAAGGACAAACUUGCAAUAAAAAACAUAUGUUUAUUGUACCGUAAGAUUUUUUGUUAAAAUAAAGCCAAUAAUGCAAUUUUUUGUGGUCCCCUUUUUUUUAGAAAAGUAUCGCAAAGUAUCAAAAUACAUUUUGGUACCGAUACCGGUACCAAAAUAUUGGUAUUGGGACAACCCUAAUGUGUGUACAGUAUGUAUGGGGGUGUGUGUGUGUGUGUGUGUGUGUGUGUGUGUGUGUGUGUGUGUGUGUGUGUGUGUGUGUGUGUUACCAAAAUAUUGGUAUUGGGACAACCCUAAUGUGUGUACAGUAUGUAUGGGGGUGUGUGUGUGUGUGUGUGUGUGUGUGUGUGUGUGUGUGUGUGUGUGUGUGUGUGUGUGUGUGUGUGUGUGUGUGUGUGUGUGUGUGUGUGUGUGUGUGUGUGUGUGUGUGUGUGUGGCACAACCGCGACUGAAGCUCCAUACUCGUUCAGAGAUGGUCUGAAUACGUGAAGUUGAAGAGUUUAAACUGAGCCAUUCUGAAAACGAGAGUGCUGAGCUCUUAUCAGAGCGGCUGUGACCAUUGAGAGCAUUUUUUACGAGGGUAGCGCGACGCUUUUCGCCCGCCGUGUUCUGCAUGCGCUCCCUUCUGAAGCUCUGUCGCGAUCGACUUGUUGAAGAAAAAAAAAAAAAAUUUUGUUUUUUUUUCCUUCUUUCUCAAAUCACUUUAUUUUAUAAUUUGAGUGUUUCUAACGAAUCAAAGGGAUUCCCGCAACGGUGCCAAGUGUUCCACGUCCACACCUUAAUGGCCUUGUUUUUCCUCGGCCAUGAAGAAGUGGUCUCUCCGUAACCUAGACCCAAGUGUAACUUUUUAAGCUCAUAGAAAAAGUCCAAACCUUUCAACUACUUAAGGCCAUAACACUUUUUUUCCUUCCAGGAGACACGCAUCAUAUCACAACUUCUGUUUUACACAACGGGACAUUUGAACUAAUUAAUGAAUGUAUCAAUCCUGCCUAAUCUCUAGAUUGUUUUCAUGAAACUGAUUUUUGUGUUGUUUUUUUUAACUUCCCACACUUCCUCUUCUGCCAUUCUGCUACGGGCACAUUUGUAUUUGUCCGAAUGAGUAUUUUUCUUAGUAUUUAUUAAAGAUGUCUCAGCCUGUAAACAUUUCAAAUUUUAACACAAGAUGUUUUAAUUUUGGUGUUAGCAUGCAUGGUGACUUAAAUCAGUUUUGUACAUGUUUUGACAGUUUUUAAUCAUGUUUUGACAGUUUUUAAUCUGUUCAGUUGGGAAGUAGCUGGGAUACUUUCAAGAAUUCAGUUCGGUACCACUGAAAGUUGGUAUUCACAAAGUAGUUCACACAUGUUGUUCCUCCAUGUAUUUAUUUCAGAAUAUGUCUUUUAAUAAAUUAUGUUCUUUCA